ACAACAGAAUUGUAAAGACAAACAAAAAAGAAAUAUAUUGUAAAGUGAAUAAUAAUAAAAAUACAUAGUUUUCAAUAAAAAUAAUUAAUAAAAUAAUUUUAAAGUCGAUUAAAUAUAAUAAUAAAUAAAAAUGCAUAGCACAUUAUUAGAUGAGAUUAACGAGAAUGGUUACAUUAUCAUUGAGGAUUUCUUAACGCCCGAAGAGGUCGAUGAACUUUUUAAAUCUGGUCGUGCCCUGUGCAUGGAAGCUCCCCAAGCCAAUCGUAAGAUUUUCAAUACCACCGAAAAUCAAGAUGUCCAAAGUAAGGAUGCAUACUUUAUGGAGUCGGGAGACAAAAUCAGAUACUUUUUCGAAGAUGGUGCUGUUGGCGACAAUGGCGAACUACUGGUAGAUCCAACGGUAGCUUUAAACAAAGUUGGUCAUGCUUUGCACGUAGAACAUCCCGUCUUUAAUAAGAUCACCUUUAGCAAUCGUGUUAAGGAAAUUUGCUGGCAGUUGAACUUUAAUCGUCCGGCCAUUUGCCAGAGCAUGUAUAUUUAUAAAAAUCCCAGUAUUGGCGGUGAGGUUAUACCCCAUCAGGAUUCCUGGUUUCUAUAUACCGAUCCAAAUUCGGCUAUAGGCUUCUGGAUUGCCUUGGAGGAUUGCACCCUACAAAAUGGUUGUUUGCAAUUUAUUAAGGGUUCUCACAAAAGUGGUGUCCAUCGCAGAUAUAUUCGUAAUCCCGACAAGACCGCUAAGGAUUUAAUGAUUUUUGAUAGUGCAGCACCGUUUUAUCCACAAUCAAGUUUCGCACCCAUACAAUGUAGUAAAGGCACCUGUAUUAUCAUUCAUGGCAAUGUCGUCCAUAAAAGUGAACCCAAUCGUUCGAACAGAAGCCGUCAUGCAUACACUUUCCAUGUUAUUGAGACUGAAAAUAAUGUUAAAUAUUCGGAAGACAAUUGGUUACAGGCUCCUAAAGACAAACCCUUCCCCGUAUUGUUUGAAAGAAAGAACUGAUUUCAUUAUUUGUUUAUGUCGUUUGUAUAAUAAACCAUCUUUAUUAUAUGUAUUUUCUUUUGUAAAUUUUAAUCUUGAAAAAAAAAACAUUAUUUUUUUAUAAUUCUAUGAUAGUCUUAUAUUGUUUAAGAAUGAAAUGUAUUAAUGCAAUAAAUGUAUUUUAAAUAAAUUUAAAAAAAAAUAAA